UCCGGUUUUAUUGUGCGUCUGUUUACCGUCAGCCGCGAAUUGCGAACUUCCUACUUGUUCAAGUGCUUUACUUACUGCAUUAAAUGAACUAUAACACACAUUUUCAUAAUAUUGAAGGCAGUAUGAACACAGAGCAGUCUGCUGAAAUCCACUGUAGUGCAAAUAACUGUCCAGUUUCGACGCUGGAGGGGAACGACUUGAAAAAAGGAGCACUGAAAAGAACUCCAUUCUCAAAGUUUAAGAGAGUACACUCCAACUUCAAAUCACCUCUUCAAGUAACUGAGAGUGCUAAAGUUAGCCCUGCAGAGGAGGUGGCAGAGCUAGAGAGGAGAAGAGAGCAGCUGGACAAAGAGAUAGCACAGCUGGAGGCUGAGGGAUACACAGUAGAUGAGCUGGAGCAUCAUAUUGAUAUGCUGCAUGAAUACAAUGACAUCAAAGACAUCGGACAGUCACUCCUGGGCCGUAUUGCAGUGGCUUUUUUGUAUCCAUGACAGAUGAAGUCCACUUGUGGCUGCUCUGAGGGGGACCACCACACGAGAUCUCUACAGCCACUUUGGUCUGGAACUUGAUGACUGAAAAAGAGCCUGGAAAAAAUUAAAAUACAGUGGUGAGAAUGGUUCCCCAGACAAAGGGGAGAGGGACAUAAAGAGAAAAAGGAAAGACCAAAGAACUUUUUGAUAUGAGGAUGGAUUUAGACUAAAGAUGUGACUGCAGGAACUGUGUUGAACUCAAUUGGCUCCUUCAGACAGAGGUUUGCUCAUUUUCUUUGUGAUUCUGUUUUCACCUCUUUACAGAGGACGAUCUGAUUAACAGCAAUGAGCAUGAUAAGAUGAGAAUAGUGUAAGUCCAGCAGGCAGGCCUGAUAUUUAUAAUAGGCCAUGCACACAAACCAUUAACUUGAGGCUGUGACAGAAAACAAAUGUUUAUAUGACUUUUCUCCAGCCUAUUGCCUGCCUUGGUUGUGCAAGCAUAUAAAUGCUAUUGAGACACUACCAGCUUUGAAAGGCCUUGUUUUGACAUUUGAGCUUAUCUAAAUGGAGUUUGGAAAAGGACAUGCAUGAUGGCUUCAUGAAUGUCAGUUAUUUCUCUGAUUUUUGUCUAUGUACAGAAAAGAGGGAAUGCGGGAGUGUCAACUUAAAGUGUAAAAUAUAAUGUGUUAGCUCCUAGUAUAAUAUGCUUUGUACACUGGCAAUAACAUGUAAUAAAUAAGUCACUCAGA